GACCUGACGUGUGCUGACGUCACAUGGACACUCUUCGACCUGCCUUUAGCUUAGCUUGUCUUAACUUUUCCUUUAUUCAUCCGGAUUUGAUUUGGAUCGCAUUUGAUCCGGUUGUGAUUAGGAGACAGAGUGAUAAUAAAGCGGGACAGACGCGUGCGAACGCUGACUGUUCACGUGAAAGAUUUACUGAGCGGGAUUUUUAACGGUUCGCGGUGAAUUUCAUGCGUUAGCUCGAGCUGAUCUUCAGUCAGAAGUGCAAUCAUGGGAUCCAGAGCUUCGUCUUUACUCAGAGAAGAGGACAUUGAAGAAAUCAAGAAAGAAACGGGAUUUUCUCACAGUCAAAUCACUCGACUCUACAGUCGCUUUCACAGUCUGGAUAAAGGAGAGAAUGGAGCGCUCAGCCGAGAAGACUUUCAGAGGAUUCCCGAGUUGGCCAUAAAUCCUCUGGGUGAUCGGAUAAUUAAUGCCUUCUUCCCAGAAGGUGAGGAUCAGGUAAAUUUCCGGGGUUUCAUGCGAACUCUGGCACAUUUCCGUCCCGUAGAGGACAACGAGAAGAACAAAGACCCGACUACAAGCGAGCCACUCAACAGCAGGAUGAACAAACUACUCUUUGCUUUCCGUUUAUAUGACCUGGACAGAGACGAUAAGAUCUCCAGAGAUGAACUGCUACAGGUGCUGAGAAUGAUGGUAGGAGUAAAUAUUUCUGAUGAGCAGCUGGGCAGCAUCGCAGACAGGACUAUCCAGGAAGCUGAUACUAAUGGAGACAUGAAUAUUUCCUUUAGUGAAUUCACAAAGGUGUUGGAAAAAGUGGAUGUCGAACAGAAGAUGAGUAUCCGCUUCCUGCAUUAAAGGUCAAACGUGUUCUACUCUCUGAUUGGACAAUAUCUGUGUCUAUAUAAAUAAGACACACCCCCUGACUCUGCUCUCUGUGGACUGAUUUGUCCUCUUUGCUCUCAGUCAAUGUUAAUCAUAGUGUUAAACUUGAUCACUGUUAUGGUUAUGUUUUAUUCUCUCUCGCACAUUGAUUUGCUAUAAGGGAACAUCCUGGUCCCCUCACUUUUAAAAAAAGUCAACAUGCAUACGUUUCUCUUGUAUAUUACAUUUUAUUUAUUCCAUAUUUAAUGCCCCCUUUGCUUUCAAGAGGGGCGUAAAUGUCCUUGAUAUAGGCUCACCCUUGUGACUUUUGAUGUCAUGAUUUGUUCACCUUAAUCAGCAUCUUAAAGCCAAAUUUGAUGCUUAUGUAAUAAAGAAAUGUGUUUCCGAAAAUGUUCAUGAGGAAUGGAUCUAUGAAACUCCAGGCCGGCAUACCUCACACUUCAUUCUUCUUCUGUAGCAGGGAUAGGUAUUGUUUUCUUCUUGUUAUAGAUAUUUAGUCAAUGAAAUGGCUAAACUGCUUUUAUUUUAAAGAAAAAUUAUCAAUCUUAGCGUCGUUUGUCUUUAAACACCUUACUAAUAGAUAACAAGCUCAUAUCUGUUUAGUAUUCAAGAAAAGAGCGAUCAUGUGCCCUUAUUUUAUUUUAAAUAUCCAUUUUAAAAUGACAUUUUAAAAAUGAAUUUCUGUGCCGUUAGCAUCAUUUAAAGGAAUUACAGGAGGCUCAGUGUGGUUGACCAUAAAAACAUUGACUGUACUGCUGCAAUACAUUUAGGCGGAGUCACAUUUGGGAGGAAAAUUGUAUGAAAACUGUAAUUUGCUUGGUUUAUUUUAAUGUUUACCUUAGUAUUAAGUCUUUGGAAUGUACCUCCUCCUGUGUUUUUUUUUGUGUGUGCUAAAGACAAGAAUAAUACCUUGAUUUGAGAAGUCUGGACAAAAAUAAUAAUAGACCUACAUUUACGGGAAAGACCCAAGUCAAAUCUAGGGACCAAAACAUUUUGGGUGGGACUUUUGUGCUGGGUCAGGAACAAACUAUUUACAUCUGCCUGGCAUCGUUUUGCAGACCACAAGCACCCACAGAAGAUUUAUUUUUAGUAAAAAAAAAUGCAUUCUUAAAUUUGGCCAAUUUAGUUUGAUUCCGCUGUUGGCGCAGAAAUAAAAAUGUUCUGCUUGAACUGGUCAGUUUCCUGAAACAAAGCUGUUCUGUGUAAUAUCUCCUGUUUGGUUUAUAUUAUUUGAGUUUUUAUGCACCCUUGAGAGAGCCGAAACUGUGCUCCCAUGUCAGUGCCCCACGCUAUUGUGUUUGCACACAGCCUGUGAUUAUUUUAACUGUUGACUGAAUGUUUUAGCAGCGUGACAAGGACAGCUUUUAUUGCUUUUUGUGUUUGCUUUAUAUGGGCAAAAUCAAAAUAGUUUCUGUGCCCUCCGUAGAUGUAAGCACUGGAAAUUAUCUGAUAACAUGACGAUAAAAUCUACCUAUCAUUUACAGGUACUUGAAAUAAAUGCAUUGCAGAUUCUUUAUGUACAGAUUUAUUAAAUCAUUUCUUAUAGAGUUUGAUUUGUUGUGCGACAGCAUCAUGGACAAACU